CUUCUCUUCCCAAAAACUCCCAUUCUCCCAUUUAUGUUACUCAUGAGAGGAUUCAAGAAUACGGUCCCAACAUUCUUACUUGUUUCUAGAAUAAUGAUAAUAAUAUUAUUAUCCUCAGCAACUUCAUCUCCAUGUAUGAUCAAUUACAACAACGGUGGUGUUGUUCAGUCUCCAGAUUGUGCUGCCGAAUGGGGUUUGAUGGUCGAAUUGCUGAAAAAUUCGAGUGAAGUUUGUGAAUUCGCAAGUCUUCAAGGGCAUAGAAAGUAUCAAGAGGAUCGUGUGUCUUGUAAUGUUGGUAUACGCGUACCAGUAAUCGGGAAAGAUGAGGCUAAGAUCGAUUUACUUGCAGUAUUUGAUGGUCAUGGAGGCAUAGAAGCUAGUGAAAUGGCUAAACAGCACUUGCUAGAUUACUUUCUUGUUCAUAUCAUUGCGGGCGCUUUCAAAAAAGCAUCAGUUGUUGAUCAUCACCAUGAUUCAAUCACAUCGACACAACGUUCUCAUGGAGUUUUACCAGCCGUUGACGACAAAUCUUUACAUGACAUCUUAAAAGAAGCAUUACUGGGCGCGAUUCGUGAUAUUGAUCAGAAAUUUUCAAUGGAAGCAUUUAAGAAGAAGUAUAGUGCAGGAUCAACGGCUAGUGUUGUUCUUUUGUUGAAUGAUGAAGAAUUGCUGGUUGGCAAUGUUGGCGAUUCCAGAGUGAUCUUAUGUGCAGGGUAUGCUGAGCAAUUGACUCAUGAUCAUCAUCCAGACAGAGAUGAUGAAUGGGCCCGAAUAGAAGGUGCUGGUGGUUUCGUUCUUGAUUGGGAUGUGCCACGUGUCAAUGGCAUACUGGCCGUUUCUCGAGCCAUUGGUGAUGUUUCUCUGAAGAGGUAUGGUGUGAUUGCAGAACCAGAAAUGGUAUCUUGGCGAAACUUGACUGCCAAAGAUGCGUAUUUGGUUAUUUCAAGUGAUGGUGUUUUUGAGAGUUUGACUCUUGAGAAUGUUUGUCAACUUAUUGAAGAUCAAGAAACCGGUACCACAAACGAUAGAUUUCCGUUUUUACCGUCGUAUUCAUUGGCAUAUUGCAUUGUGAAGACAGCAUUGGAGAGGGGUAGUAGUGACAAUUUGAGUGCUAUUGUGGUUCCAUUGGCACAAGCACCUGGUGGAGUGCACAAAGAUGAGUUGUGACAAUGCUAUAUAGUGUUGAUUAAGUUAUAGUCAAGUAUAUUGGUUAAAAUUGCAUUAACCUUUUAGAAUUCUUAUUUUCAAAACUAUAAUAUUGUCGUCACUCUCGUCCACGUGUGUUGCAAGCCAUAUGCUGUCUGUUUCAUGUGACCCGACUCUGAAUAUGUAUUUUUAUUUAGAGAGAGAAAGUGAAAGUGAACUAAUUUUAACGUUGUCUUA